GAUGUCCAGCUUUAGACAUAUCUAGUGUGUCUCUCACCCAGGCAUGGGCUCGAAGGGGCAAAUAUUACCACUCUUUUAGUUGAGUGGGUAACUGGAAGAUCAUUAGCACUUCACCUAGGGAAGGGAUCACCACAUCAAAACUCAAGUUGACCACCACAGAGGAAUUUACCACCCGGACAACAAAAAGGAAAACCUGUUUGGGCAGAAUUCCUCUGGACAUACUAAGACCUUAAAAGGAUUUAACUUUGGAUUUUGGAUUACAGUAACAUUUGUGAGGAGGUUUCUUCUUAGCAAAAUAUACAUUGUCCGAUCAAAUCUCUAAAUCCGUAAAAGCUUCCAUUUUCAGAACCAGACACCUGGUCGUCUUUGCAGCAAAAAGCUUCUUGUAGCAUAACACUUCUCUGCAGCCAUCAUGGUGUGGGCUAAAAUGAAAUUCCCCUUUGAGAAAAGGGUGAAGCUAGCUCAGAGUUUGUGGCUGACCACAUGGCUGGCCACUUUAGGUGGAGCAAUCACCUUCUGCCUUGGAUGUUUCUUGAAGACAGAACUACGCAGGAGGGCAGAGGUGAUGGACAACACAGAGAUCCACAUUGUCCCAAACACACUCAUUGUAGCUGGACUGGCCUCCAUUGGAAUCAACUGGUUUGCAGGUCGGAUUUGCCAAGAUGCCCUGGAUGCCAGCCGCUUCCCACGCUGGAAGACCUUCUUAAAGCCCUACUUCUGCUGCGCUAUCUUCUUCACCACCUUGCUCCUAGUUGGAGUAAUCCUAAGCUAUGCCAUGAAGGGCAGCCUGGAGGGCUCGCUAAAGGUUGGCCUCAAGAAUGGCAUUCGCUUCUACAAGGACACAGACACCCCUGGGCGCUGCUUCCAGAAGCAGACCAUUGAUCGCCUACAGAUGGAGUUCCAGUGCUGUGGUAACAAUGACUACAAGGACUGGUUCGAGGUGCAGUGGAUCAGUAACCGCUACCUGGACUUCAGUUCCAAGGAAGUUAAGGAUCGUAUCAAGAGCAAUGUGGAUGGGCGCUAUCUGGUGGAUGGUGUGCCCUUCAGCUGCUGUAAUCCAAGUUCUCCUAGACCAUGCAUCCAGUACAAACUGACCAACAACUCUGCCCACUACAAUUAUGAACACCAAACCGAGGACCUUAACAUCUUCAUUCGUGGCUGCAGAGAAGCUCUGGUUGGCUACUACAUGGGCUUGAUGAACAGCAUUGGUGCUGUAGUGCUGACUGUCUUUAUCCUUCAGAGUACAGUGGUUGCAUGCCUGAGGUACCUGCAGACCUCCAUGGAAGCUGUGGUUGGACAGGAGAACACCGAGGUGGAAACAGAGGGCUACCUGCUGGAGAAGAGCGUGUCAGAGACCAUUAUGGAAUACCUGGACCCUGUAAUGAAGCUCCUGCUAAUAAACCAGGUGGAAGAUGGCCAGGCCAAGGCAGAGGCAGGAGCUGCUGGGACAUCAAGGGCAACAACUUCAGGGUCCUAAAGAGUCACAUCUAUCUAAUUUAAAUAGUAAUAAAUGACCCAGAACAACUGGUACUUAGCAAAGGUAUCUCAUUUCAUUUCUAGCAAUGAAUCUCACAACUGUAAAUAAUACACUUACUUGACAAAUAAUAUAUCUACAUUGAUACUUAAAUCAACCCACGCAAUGUCUCAAAUGUCACUCAUUUCUGUUCAGUGGUAAUAGAGUGUGUAUUAUAAUGGUUGUUUUAACAUGUGGCGAAAAGUCUGUUUGGUUUAUUAGUCUACCAUGGUAAAGAACGUUUGUAAGACAUUUAAGUCAUGAUGCAAAAGCUGCUGAUAUCAUAUACGAAGGCACUAAAGGUUACGGUUUGUUUCCGAGCCACAGUUUUUUUUCUAGAACUUCUCUGUUAUUGGAUGCUGCUUAGUUUGUAUAUAAAAUAGCUCAACCUUCAGUUUAUUAGUUGAAUGUAAAGAAAUUGAACAGCUUGUAGCACUUGAUAGCUGGCAGAAUAAUGGAAUAACUGGAGAUAUUAAAUAUCUCUUGUGCAUCCAAAAACAGCAUUUGAGUUGUAAAACCCGUUGUAGUAAAACCAUGCUCUGUGCUCGGCUAAGCAAAAUUCAGAACUACUGUUUGAGAUAGCAAAAGUCAGACAUGUUAAUCGCGUUGUAUUGUGUAGUGCACUUUUAUGUAAAUAGAUACGUGUUGAAAUAUC